AGGGUUAAAUUCAAAAUAUGGCAAUACUAUUUCUGUUUAUGUCCAAAAUGUGAGAAAGAAUAAGUCAUAAUAAAAUAAGUCAUUGAGUUAAUAAAAUCUGUCAAAUAAGAAGUCCCGGAAAAAAUAAUUAAAUAUAAAUAAUGAUUGACUUGAAAGAUAUAGUUGCCAUCCAGAAUGACAAGUAUUUAGUGAAAAACCAUGUGAGUUAAUAAAAAUAUCUGAUUUAACAGGUUUUUAAACUGGUAAUUUGUUCUUCCUUUGUAAAAUCCAAGUGUUGCGUUUUGAACAUUUUAAAAAUGAAUAUUCCACACCGAAGCCAUAAAUGUGAUUUGUUUGUGAUUUCUGAAAAUGUAAGAGGACUAACGAAAAUUGAAAAGAUCUCUGUAUUCGCUGCCAAAAUUACAAGUGACUCCUGGAUCACCAGAUGGGACUUACGACAUGGCGAACGGAACUGAUACCAUGAGAAACGGGAAUAAUGGGUUGGGUAUGACGACAUGGCCGCUAAAGGUAGAAAAAAGAAAAAAGUCGGGCGUACGUCCGCCGAGGCCCCGAACUGCAACUCUGGAGCGACCACUCUUACUAGACAUUGCAUUUCUAGAAAAAGUAGACAUGUCGCUUGUUCGAAAAGAGCUGCUCAACAUUAGUAAUCUAUGCAGGCCUUCGGCAAGGAAACGGCUAUCGGAAACAACAAAUCACAAUGUCAGGCCCAAUCCACAGAAGAAAAGAGCCAGUGUUUCUAUGCAACAUCUUAAGGUUCCUUCCAGUGAUGAAUCUUGGAGAUCAGAAAAAAUGGUAAGAAACAAAAAUAGAAAAAAUCUGAGAUUAAAUAUGGCCGCCGAUUCGGAUUCAUCAGCUCUAUCAAGUCCCAAAUACAGAACCGACAGUAAUUACACCAUAGCGACAGGGGAAAAUUCUCUAUCACCACGAUCCCAAAUUUCUGGUAGCACUGAUACAACAAUCAAAGGAUUGGACAGUGAUUGUGAAAUAAGUACAUUACGAAAAAGGGGGCAAAAAAAUAAUAAAUUAUUAAGUAAUAAAACGCCUAGGGAAGUAUUUUCAGUGCCACAUUUAAAGCAACAUAUUCCAGAACCUUGCAAGACAUGUGGCCGUAACGAUCUUCCGGAACGGUUUCACAGCCACGGCCGGAACGGGAGCACCACAGGUAAUGUUUCUUCAAUUCCAACGGCGUCUCUGGGAAUUGGAAGUCGAAAUCGAAAUUUAAAGCGAUCAACUUUGCAGCAGAAUAAUAAAUCUCCUUCGGAAUCGGUCAGCACAGCUGCAACGCCUAGGGCUAGUCCCAGAUUAGCAAAAUCACAAACAUCAGCACACCAGACAUCUCCUUUGCAAUCUCACAGGGAAGCUCAUAAACUUAAGGGCAAUUUGAUCCAAUCACUUAGGCCACGUACGUUGACGUGCUAUUUAUGCGGAAGAGAAUUUGGAACGGCGUCAUUACACCUGCAUGAACCAAGGUGCCGGGAGCGCUGGGAAAGGGAAAACGCAUAUUUGCCAGCACAUUUACGAAGGCCUAUGCCAGAGAAGCCACCAGCCAAUUUAUCAGCUUUGGAGUAUAAUAAUAUGGCUUGGAAAGUUUCGCAAAAAUCGUUAUUGCCAUGUGAACAUUGUGGGAGGACAUUUCUACCUGAUCGUUUAGAAAUUCAUUUGCGAUCGUGCAAGCCACAAAAGCAUCAGACAGCUAGAGAGUCGAGCAUCGAUCCAGGCCCUGUCAGCGGGGUAAGCAGCAGUUGCAGUGCACCCGCUCAGCCUGUUGCGUCCGUGUCGAAAUGCAUCGUGUGCGAGCGGGCGGUUACGUCGCGUUCGCUCGCACAACACGAAGCUCAAUGUUUAGCCGCGUGGCGGAGACGCAACGAUCAGCUACCGGAAUCGGAACGAAGGCCGGAGCCGCGGAGGAGACGGAGCUUGGAUUUUCACAAUGAUGACAUAAAGAGCCCAUCACGAAAUUCAUCGGAUUCGCAAUCUCCAUUAAGACCUAAUUUGCGUAAAGAUGGUAACAAAAUCUUGGAUGAAGGAAAAAAUUUGAUACCGGCGAACAAAACUAAACUUCCGUUGCAACUUCAGCGAUGGCGGAAACCUCAGGCACCUCCAAGACCGUGGGCUUUAGAGUGUUAUUUGUGCGGCGUGGAAUUGCCUACAUCCGAAAUCAACGCCCAUGAAGAGAUGUGUGCAGAAGAUUGGAGAAGGCACAACGAGCUACUGCCUAAAGACAAACAGGAAAAGGAACCACGAAAACCAGAUACAAGAUUUACUAGUAUAAAAAGGCAGCAAGUUUCGAAACGUGAAGAUGUUGUUGAUUCGUACUGGAUGAAUCAUCUGAGACAACUGGUGCCAUGUCGCUAUUGUAGUAGAACAUUUAAUCCUGAACGGCUACCUAUUCAUGAAAAAAGUUGCCUUCAUCAAAAAUAUUGAAAACAUGAAAUUUCAUUGUGUAUAUUUGACUUGCAUCUGCUUCGAAGACAGAGGUCCUGAAAUUUGUGUACAUAGAAUUAGAGAUAUAUUGUAUGAUAUUUUUGAUGCUCAAUUUCUUGUACAUAGUAAAGAUUGUAAAUAAUAUAUAGCAUGUUGUUU